CUCAAGAUAUAUAUAUGUGCUGCGUGAAGUUCCCCGAGAUCCUUCGAGUAUAAAAUAAGCCCUGCACACAGAAAACAGGAUUCAUGCCCUACCAGUAGCAUACAGCCACCUAUCUCUCUCUCAUUAAGCAAAAUCCAACCAUGUCCUCCUCACUCGUGGAAAUAGACGCUCUUGAAGCCGUCGUGGUCAUCGAUAAUGAGCUUGACCUUAUGUCCCCGCCAGCUCCGGGUCCUGUCAAAGUCUCCCGGCUCAUAGGGGAAAUCGGCCUCACCUCGCCGCAUCACAUACAUGAUCGGGCGGAAGCAACCAAGGAAUUCCGCCUGGAGGAUGUGUGCUGUUCUGCUCACGGAUUGUCUGUUCUUCUUACUGCCGUAAAGGGAGAAGAGCGCCGAACGAUCCUUUUUGACAUAGGGCCUACAGAGGAGUCAUGGGCGCGGAAUGCAGAAAGGUUACGACUGGAUUUAUCUUCCGUGGAACGGAUCCAGCUCUCUCAUUGGCAUCGUGAUCACUCCGGCGGCAUGCUCAAGGCCAUCCGGAUGAUCAAUGAAGCAAAGAAGGGCAAAGGAUUACCAAACGAUGACCUUGUCGUGGACUUGCAUCCAUCUCGACCAGACUAUAGAGGGAUCCAGAUGGGCAAAGAGAUUGUGUCUUUGGAAGCCGAUCCAACCUUUCAAGAAAUAGAACAGGCCGGCGCGAAAGUAGAGAAUCACGACGAAACGCAUACUGUUCUGGGUAACAUGUUUCUUAUCUCGGGAGAAAUACCCCGCAAGACGGAGUAUGAGACGGGGCUGAAAUAUGGAGUUCGGUUCGACCAAGCCGCUGGGAAGUGGGAUAGUGAUGAACUGAUUGUGGACGAGCGUUUUCUCGCUUGUAAUAUCAAAGGAAAGGGAAUCGUGGUAUUCAGCGGAUGCAGCCACGCAGGCAUUGUAAACGCAACAAGACACGCCAUUGAGUUGAUUGGUAAGGACCACCCCGUGUACGCCAUUUUUGGUGGCUACCAUCUAGCAAUGAGCGACAAGGCUCAAAUGAAUGCCACUGUGAAAGGUCUCAAAGAGCUAGAUCCCAAAGUGCUAUUGCCUGGUCAUUGCUCUGGGUGGAGAGUCAAAUAUGAAAUUGAAAAGGAAAUGCCAGGUCGCCUGGUGCCAUCAUCUGUUGGGUUCAAGCUGGGGUUUUAGCUGUAGUUAUAGCAUAAAUAUGAGGUGUUUUAAAUAUGUGUUAUUUACAAAACUUCAUUCAAGCAGACACGUAU